AUGUCGAACCUUAAGGAUAUUAAAGACGAGGGCAAGGCGCAGGGCGCCGAUUCCGACGAUGCAAAUGCAACCAAAUUGUCUAACAAAGAGAGCACCCCAACUAUCGCGUUGGGCGCAAUAGAUAAGGAAAAUGCCACGUUGCGCAAGACAGAUAUUGUCAAUUUAUCGAGCGAGCUCGCGAUGAGGGGAAAAAACCAAAAAGACAUGACUUCCUUCAAGUUUUGGCAGACGCAGCCCGUGCCUCACUUCGACGAACCUAGCGGGGUCAGCGAUGGACCGAUCAAGAUAAUUGACCCCGAGAAGGUAUCAAAGAAGCCGGAUCCGCUUAUCGAGGGUUUUGAGUGGGCGACCCUGGACUUGACAAACGAGACGGAGCUCCAGGAGCUGUGGGACCUGUUGACCUAUCACUAUGUGGAAGACGAUGACGCCAUGUUCCGCUUCAGAUACUCUCAGUCCUUUCUACACUGGGCUUUGAUGUCUCCCGGCUGGAAAAAGGAAUGGCACGUCGGCGUGCGUGCGACCAAAUCCCGUAAACUCGUCGCGUCAAUCUGUGGUGUACCUACAGAUGUCCGCGUCCGGGGCCAGAAGCUGAAGGUUAUAGAGAUCAACUUCCUUUGCGUCCACAAGAAGCUGCGGUCUAAGCGUUUGGCCCCUGUUCUGAUCAAGGAGAUCACUCGUCGCUGCUACCUAGAUGGAAUCUACCAGGCCGUCUAUACCGCCGGUGUGGUUCUACCUACCCCGGUAAGCUCGUGUCGCUACUAUCACCGCUCUCUAGACUGGCUCAAGCUAUACGAGGUCGGCUUUUCGUCACUCCCCCUCGGCUCGACUAAGGCCCGCCAAGUUAGUAAGAACUAUCUCCCGAGUAGUACGUCGACCCCGGGGCUUCGACCUAUGGAACCAAGGGAUAUCGAUGCAAUUCAUGAUUUACUGGAGCGCUACCUAUGCCGCUAUGACAUGAACCCAGCGUUCACGAAAGAGGAAGUCGCACACUGGCUAGUACAUAAAGCGAGCCUCGGGAAGGAGCAGGUUGUAUGGGCUUACGUGGUGGAGGAUGCUGAAACGCAUAAUAUCACCGACUUCUUCUCCUUCUACAGCCUUCCGUCCACUGUGAUCCAGCACCCAAAGCACCAGGAAGUACGCACUGCCUAUCUCUACUACUACGCCACCGAAACCGCUUUCACCAAAGACAUGAAGGCUCACAAGGACCGACUCCUUAUGCUGAUGAACGACGCACUUAUCCUUGCUAAGAAGGCCCACUUCGACGUCUUCAACGCGCUUACCACCCAGGACAACCCUCUCUUCCUCGAACAGCUCAAGUUUAAUGCAGGUAUCAGCCAGCUCCACUUCUACCUGUACAACUACCGGACAGCCCCUGUUCCCGGCGGUAUCAACCAAAAGAAUCUCCCGGAUGAGAAGACAAUGGGGGGCGUUGGUAUCGUUAUGCUGUAA